AUGCAGCACCCCGCCGAAGCGGCCGUCUUUCGAAUGCCCUCCCUAAGCGUCCCUCCCUCGGAUGCAGCACCCUGCCGAAGUGGCCGUCUUUCGAAUGCAGCACCCUCCCUAAGCGUCCCUCCCUCGGAUGCAGCACCCUGCCGAAGUGGCCGUCUUUCGAAUGCAGCACCCUCCCUAAGCGUCCCUCCCUCGGAUCCAGCACCCCGCCGAAGCAGUCGUCUCUCGUAUCCAGCACCCCCGCUAAGCAGCUGUCCCACUUCUUCCGAAGUGAAGCCCUCCCUGCAACCUGCUUCCUCAAAGAGGAGCCCCUUGGAGCCGAAGUCUUCUCUUGCUCCAGGAUCACAGAUCCCCGGUCCUGAGAGGAAAUUUGUUGACGUCACCAUCGACUGGUUCUGUGCCACCACUGCCUUUCUGUUCAUCUGUGCCAUCCUUUCCCCCUUGGUGGUCAUGAUGCACGCACAAGUGACCCGGCUGUCCAAGACGUCAGAGGCAGAGACCGAGGUGAUUCAGGUGCGGAUUCUCCUUUUGACCGAAGUUCUCCAGCAGCUCCAAAUUGGCAAAGCCCUUAGGUGCAGUGUGUGCCAAAUCCACUGGCUGCAGCACGGAGACAACUGUUACCUCUUUAAAAGCAGGCAGAUGAGCUGGAUAUCGACCAUGGGCUUCUGUAAAGACGAGUCCUCCUCCCUGCUUGUUAUCAAAAGCACAGAAGAGAUGGACUUCCUGAUGCUCGAAUCUAAAAAGCAUUUGCAUUUACACCGAGGGAGGCUCAAGUUUAACAAAUUCUGGAUUGGACUAAAGUACGAACGAAGCAUUGGGAAAUGGGUGUGGGUAGAUGGCUCUGUCCUGAAAGUCAAACGGCAACAACAGCAGAAUCACAGUGGCUGCAUGUACCUUCAGAAUGGGGAGUUUCAUUCCCAAGAGUGCAGUCAACCCGCGUUUAUACUUUGCAAGGCAAAGGUCCAACCUGGCUGGAACUGAACAGUUUUGCAAAGUUGAGAGGAGGAGGAGGAGGAGGUGGAGGAGAUCAUCCCCCACAGAGGUCAGCAGCGGGUGACCCUCCACUCUGGCUCCUCCUGAAGACUUUUGGCACCCAUAGAGAAAUCUCUUGCCCAGCUGUUUAAGAGAAGCAUUUUUAUUUCUCGGAACCCACCAAAGGCCUGAGAGACUUGUCUGCAGAUGGUAGCUCCUGGAGAGGGGCAAGGGAACCUCUCAACUAAAAAUCA